CCGGCCGGGCCCGCGAUGUGGCAGCAGCCGCCGCCGCCGCCGCCCCCCCCGCCGCUGCUGUCGUCGCCCAUGGAGGCCGAGCGGGCCCCGCCGGCCCGGACCCCGCCGCCCCCUCAGGCGCUUCAGGCCGCGGGGGGGAGACCAAGCGCCGCCGCCGCCGCCGCUGCUGCCGCCGCCGCCGAGCGGGGCCGCCGCCGCCGCUUCCACCCCGGGCAGCGGCGAGCGAGCCUGCCGGGCAUCCUGCACUUCAUCCAGCACGAGUGGGCGCGCUUCGAGGCCGAGAAGAGCCGCUGGGAGGCCGAGCGGGCCGAGCUGCAGGCCCAGGUGGCUUUCCUGCAGGGCGAGAGGAAGGGGCAGGAGAACCUGAAGGCCGACCUCGUGCGGAGAAUCAAGAUGCUGGAGUAUGCUUUGAAGCAAGAAAGGUCAAAAUACCACAAGUUGAAAUUCGGCACUGAACUGAACCAGGGAGAAAAGAAAGUGGAGCCCUCUGAACCAGUGUCCAACGGGCCAGCCGAGCCCCUCUCCCUGGAGAACAGCCCCUUCAUCUGGAAAGAAGGACGCCAACUCCUCCGUCAGUAUUUGGAAGAAGUGGGCUACACGGACACCAUCCUGGACAUGCGCUCCAAGCGAGUCCGCUCUCUGCUGGGCCGGUGCUCCAUGGAGCUGAACGGGGCUGCCGAAGCCAGCGGCCUGGGCACCGGACCAGCCCUGGCGGCCCCCAGCCUCAACGGAGGAGAAUCACUUCUCGUCAAGCAGAUUGAGGAGCAGAUCAAAAGGAACGCAGGGAAGGAAGUGAAGGAGCGGAUCAGUAACCCCGUCAUGGAGAAGAUCCCCUUUUUGAGGGGUUGCGAGGACGACGACAGUGACGAGGAGGAGGAUAUGGAAGGCCUGUCCCUGGAGACGCAGCGGCAGCACAAGAAGCAGCGCGUAAAGCUGGCCAACAAGCCCCUGAUGCCAGAAGUGGAGGAUGACGACGACGACGAAGAUUCGGAGGACGCUCUGAGCGAGUUUGACUACUUGGGCUCCGGGGAAAACGGGGAAGGAUCUGGGGACACGCGGCGUGCCGGAGAUGGCAACGAAGUGGGGCCCCGCAGAGUGAAGCUGCAAGGGAUGCUGGCUGAUCUGAGUGAUGUUGAUGGACUCUCUCCUAAGCCUUCCAUACCGCCAGCCAUGACUUCUCAGCCCAGGUCCCACGAAGGGUCGCUGGGCUUCUCCUCGGAUGUGUUCAUCAUGGACACCAUCGGAGGGGGGGAAGUGAGCUUGGGGGACCUCGCAGACCUGACUGUCACCAACGACAAUGAGCUGAGCUGCGAUCUCUCGGACAGCAAAGACGCUUUUAAGAAGACGUGGAACCCCAAAUUCACCUUGCGGAGUCACUACGAUGGCAUUCGAGCUCUGGUCUUCCACCACCGGGAGUCGGCUUUGGUCACCGCCUCGGAGGACGGCACUCUCAAGCUGUGGAACCUUCAGAAGACCGUGGCUGCCAAAAAGAAUGCUGCGCUGGACGUGGAGCCCGUCUACGCGUUCAGAGGACACAGGGGCCCGGUGCUCUCGGUGGCCAUGGGUUGCAACAGCGAAUCCUGCUACAGCGGUGGAUCAGAUGCCAGAAUCCGCUGUUGGAAGAUCCCCGAUCUCGGCAUGGACCCUUACGACGGCUACGAUCCGAGCGUGCUCCACACUGUCCUGGACGGCCACACGGAUGCUGUCUGGAGUCUGGCCUUCAGUCUCGCGAGGAAUCGCUUGGCUUCCUGCUCGGCGGAUGGCACCGUGAGGAUAUGGGACCCGUGCAGCGGCUCCUGUCUUAGCACCUACAACGCGGACAACGAAAACGGCACGCCAACCUCCGUCGCCUUCUCCAGCACCGAUGCCACGCGGGUGGUGGCAGCCUUCCAGACGGGCAGGGCGGUUCUCUAUGACGCGGAGGCUGCCUGCCCCAUCCUGACCUUCGAGGGCAGACCUGCCAGUGGAGCCAGUCAGAUCAACCAAGUGGUGAGUCACCCCACCCAGUCUGUCACCAUCACGGCACACGACGACCGAGGGAUCCGUUUCCUAGACAAUCGGACAGGGAAAGCCGUGCACUCUAUGGUGGCCCACCUGGAUGCGGUUACCUGCCUGGCCGUGGAUCCCAACGGAGUCUUCCUGAUGUCGGGAAGCCACGACUGCUCGCUGCGGCUGUGGAACCUGGAUAACAAGACCUGCACGCAGGAGAUCACGGCGCACCGCAAGAAGCACGAGGAAGCCAUCCACGAUGUGGCCUUCCACCCCAGCAAGGCCCUGAUUGCCAGCGCGGGAGCCGACGCCCUGGCCAAGGUCUUCAUAUGAAGGGGAGGCAGGCCUACAGGAAUCCUGCCUCUUCCGCUUCCUCCUUCCUCUGGCCCGGCAGUGGUGCUAACACAGCGCGUCCCUCACCUGCCGGGACCCUCCCCGUCUCUCACCUGAGCUCGGGACCGAUGCCUGCUGGACAGCAUGAGGGGCCAUCCGCGGCCCCUUCCUCGCCCUCGCAGCUCACCUUUCUUCACCAGCACUGAAAACGUUUUUCCACUCA